AUGUUCUAUGUCGAAGCCCCCGAGAAUCCCAAGUUUGGCAGCGUUGCAGACUGCCUCUGGUGGGGGACCACUGCCCUCACCACUGUAGGUUACGGCGAUCUGUACCCUGAAAGUCCUAUGGGUCGACUGGUCGCAAGCAUCACGGCCUUCCUAGGAAUCGGCUUAUUUGCGUUGCCAGCUGGUAUCAUCACCACUGGCUUCCGACUGGAAGAGGAGCGUCGGCUUCACAGGAAGCUCUCUGUGCCUCUGGACGACGGGUCCCCUGCCGGCGAGACAGAGUUUCAGCUGGAGCUUCUGCGCAGCAUACAGCGCCUGGAGAGAAAACUGGAGGGGCUGGAAGGCAAGCUGCAGGACGUGCAUGGCGAGAUUCAGAGUCUGCGUGUCGAACGAGACCGCCACAAGCCCUAG